GUGUCGUGGGAGCUAUGGGAGUACUUCUUGUCACACACUGUGUUGUCUUGUACCUUCUUCAGAUGGUAGCACUGAGUUCAGAACAAUUCAGAGUGAUUGGCUCAGAGGGGCCAGUCCUGGCUCCAUUGGGUGGAACCCUUGAACUCAGUUGUCAGUUGUCCCCCCCACAACAUGCACAGCACAUGGAGAUCCGGUGGUUCAGGAACCGCUAUACUCAGCCAGUGCACCUGUACAGGGAUGGUAAAGACAUGCAUGGACAAACUAUCUCCAAGUAUGUGGAGAGGACAGAACUCCUGAAAGAUGCCAUUGAAGAAGGAAAAGUGACCCUCAGGAUUUUUAAAGUGACAGUUGAUGAUGAUGGGCCAUACCACUGCUUCUUCAAAGAUGGUGAAUUCUAUGAAGAGCACAUUACAGAGGUCAAGGUCACAGCCACAAGCUCAGACAUACAGAUUCUUAUGCAUCCCCCUAAUAUCAAAGGUGUGAUGUUGGAGUGUCAUGCAGGAGGUUUGUUUCCACUGCCUCAUAUGGAAUGGAGAGACAGCAAAGGGGAAGUCAUUCCAGCAACAUCAAAAUCCCAUUCACAGGAUAUAAACAAAUUGUUCAACAUGACAAUAGCCCUUCUUAUCGAAACCAGUUCCCACAGGAAUGUCACUUGCUAUCUUCAAAACCAUCUAACUCACCAAGAAGAGAGCAUAUGUGUCAUCCUAUCAGGUGAACUUUUCUCAUGGAAAAUUGUUUGGAUAACAAUUCUGAGUAUAAUACUGUCUGUGCUAAUAGUCUUCCUCAUAAUUUCCUAUGUUCCGCAACAUGUCAUACAUGAAGAGAAUAUAAAAACAUGUGAGACUGAUCAAGGUAAUAGUGAUCAAUCUGAAGAUAUCUGCUCUGGGAGAUUUUCUCAUUGGUUAAAGGAUUCAAUGGUAUCCAUGAUUUCAGUGUUUGCAAUUAUAGGAGUCAUGCUCAUUUUGCAUCUAAAACAAAGAGUCCCUGUUUCAGAUUCACAUUUUGAAUUGGACACUUUGUGGUUGGAAGAUAUUAGUGUGAUCCUCUGUGUGCUGAUAGUGUUCAACAUCAAGCUGAUUUCAUUAACUUACUUCAGAUUGGAAGGUGAAUAUGAUGAACGUGCACCUGGACGCAAACAAUAUUCCUGUAGAUUAAACACAAUUGCAAAGAUAUUGCAGUUGCUGUGUUUCAUAGUCUUCUCUGUAACGAUCCUUCUUGUGUAUCUGCUGUUACGGAAAAAAGUAUCUAUUUCAGAUCCCUCAUUUCCCUUGUACAAGAACUGGUUGAAGAUUAUGGCAGUGGUGGUAGGAUUUCUGACAGCAAUUUUCACUGUUACAACAAUUGCAUUAUCAUGGACGCACAUAAGAA